AGCCUUUAAAAAAACAACAUUCAACAUUCUGGUAAUUUAAAUAAACAAAUCCAACAAACUUAUUUAAUUUAAAUAAAACAUCUUCGGUCAUCCACCAGCGUCACGCUUCACUGUCCUCAAGGUUGCUCCUUAUCAAAUCCUUGAUCCCUACCUGUAAAAAUAGGGAGAGUGGAAACAUGGUAGCUCUGGUGGUAUGACUCUUGGAGGGCCUCCAACAGAUGGAUUUGUGGCGAACAAAACUUCUGAUGGAACUCAUCCUCCUAAGGUUCCACUUCCAGAGUCCCAUAGAUAAAGCUCCUGCUGUUAUAUUGGGAGGAGGAAAUGAAAUAUCAACGGAUUCGCAGCCCACACUGGAGAUUGGACAGGUUGAUGAUGGGACAAAAGCUCUGCAACCUGGAGUCUUGGGUGCAAGAACCCAACUUCAGCCUGGCACGCCUGGUGAGUUGGAACCAGAAGAUGAGUCUAUUAAGCCAUGUCUCCUAAACCGUGAAGAGCAACUGAUUAUCGACGGUCUGUUUAAGCACGCUCCGAAAAUGCAAGUUUCAAGUUUGGAUAACCCUAUUCAAUAUGAGCUUAAGCUAAAGAUGAUCGAUGCAAAUGUGGAGGAAUUAGCAAGAGGAGAUCUCCAAAAAGAGUUUGAGAUUCUUAAGCCGAUUUUUGAGCAACAUAUUAGUGAUGACUUUGAGCAAUCUCUUUGGAUAAUUAAGGAAGCGUUACGCUUGCCUUUCGUCAUAGAAAAGAUUCAGAAGGGUCUAGUGAACACACUCCAGGGUAAGGCAAUAAAAGCUACAAGGGACGCUAUGAAGAGCACACAAUGCAUUAGGGCAAUCAAGCUGAAAGGGAAUUUCUUUAAGGUUUUUGGGCUGCAACUCUCUAAUAGCUACUGGAGACUGAUUUUCAUGAGCAGAUUCAUGGAGGAUAUUGCUGUACUUCGAACGGCCACCUUCCUCCGCGGUCAUCCGACCUGCAACGAUUUCUGGCGAGACACAUCCGCCGCAUCAAUCCCAGCAGCGGCUAAACAAAUGGAAGUCGAGAGGAGGACAAAGUGUAGUGGCAGCGACGACCCACCGGCGGCAGCAACUCCUCCAACAUGGCAGCAGCCUCCCCGACGGUGGAAGACACGACGACGUCUCAACUACCCGGCAGAGGCAAGGAAGAAACAGAAAAAUCCAGUUUCCAAAUCUAAACCCGAUUCCAAUUCCAAUUCCAUUCAACAUAAUCAUAAUCUAUGAAUUUAUUUUAACGGGAGAUAAAUCACUCACCUCGAUUGGCGAAGAAUUACAAUUAAAUGGUAAAGGAUUUUUCUCCGGCGAAGCUCUGACGUAGUUCCGGCGACCUCCCCUUGGCUUGAUCGGCGAAGAGAAAUAAAGAGAAAGAUGAUGACGAUGUUCGGCCGCAUGUUUUGUUUUUAAAGAGCUGGAUUAGGCUUGUGUUUUCCG